AUGGCUGCUUCACCUCUCAAGCAAGGGAAAUCACCAGCCUCACCUCAGAAAGAGCUCCAGCUGCAAAGUGAUUUGGCUUCGGGGCCGACCCAUCUGGCUGCCAGUGGAGGAGCUUCUCUGAGCUGCAGCUGGAAGAGACCUUAUGGCAUUGGGGCCGGUCUGCAGAAUACGGGCAACACCUGCUACCUGAAUGCAGCCCUGCAGUGUCUCACGUAUACCCCACCCCUCGCCAACUAUAUGCUGUCCCAGGUGCAUUCUCAAAGCUGCCGUCGUGCGGAUCGCUGCAUUCUGUGUGCCGUGGAAACUCACUUUCUCGGGGCCCUCCACAGUCCUGGGGACGUGAUCCAGCCCUGUCAAGUGCUGGCUGCUGGCUUUCACACAAACAGGCAGGAAGAUGCCCACGAAUUUCUGAUGUUUGCUCUGGAUGUCCUGAAGGCAGCAGGUCUGCCUGGGCUCAUGAACGCGGUGGCUCCCCAAGAGGACAAAGCUCCAUCCCAGCAGCUAUUUGGAGGACACUGGAGGUCUCAAAUCCAAUGUCUCCAGUGCCAAGGCAUCUCAGACACCUUGGACCCUUACCUGGAGAUCGCGUUGGAUAUCCAGACAGCCGACAGUGUGGAGCAAGCUUUGCAGCACUUGGUGCAACCUGAAGAGCUGGAUGGAGAAAACGCCUAUCACUGUGCUACCUGCCUAAAGAAGACAGCUGCUUCCAAGACACUCACCUUGCAAUCGGCUGGCGACGUGCUUCUCUUGGUAUUGAAACGGUUUUCUGCUUUCACGGGUGAGAAACUCGGAGGACAAGUGCACUAUCCCGAGUGCCUGGACAUGAGACCUUACAUGUCUCAGCAGAACGGGAGGCCACUGCACUAUGUUCUCUAUGCGGUUCUCGUCCAUGUUGGCCGCAGGUGUCAAUCAGGACACUACUUCUGCUAUGUCAAAGCUGGCACUGGCCACUGGUAUAAAAUGGAUGACGCUAAGGUAACUGCCUGUGACAUCGCUUGUGUCCUGAAUCAAAGGGCCUACGUGCUGUUUUAUGUGCGGAAGAGUGGAUUUGGAGGAGAACGUGGGACAGUGUCUCCAGGCAGGGGACCAUCCGACUUUGAGGCUGACAACACACACGGCCAGCACACACCAGGAGAGCUGGAAAGGCCUUCCCCUAGUGAAGCUGCAGAGUCCGAGGAGCACUUGGAGCAAACAACUCAGGAAUUCACCUUCGAUCAGUGGCAAUCCCUCCGAGCCCAGAACCGACCAACAAGCGCACUCAGCCUCAGGACAGUGGAGCCCACGCUGCCUGGCAAUGCGAUCGUCAUUCACCAGGCAAGAUCUGCCGCAGGGAUGAGGAAGCACCAUCCUGACCAGGAAAGGUCCCUGCUGCACGGGGCAGCUGGGCACAUCACUGAGCAGGUGGCCAUGAAUCCUGGCAACCUCCCUCGUCUGGGAGGAAGGAGCAAACCCCCCAAGAGGAAGAACAAACAUGCCAAGAGGCCUCUGUUGUUGCUGUUCCGGUGA